GUACUGCAAGAUGAAAAAGUUUUACAGGUGACGCACUACAGACUGUCGAUUUGCUGGACACGAAUCCUUCCAACAGGACUUAUCGAUAACAUCAAUGAAAAAGGAGUCGAGUUCUAUCGUGACCUGUUACAGGAACUCAAGACAAACGGCAUUGCUCCAAUAGUGACCUUAUUUCAUGCGGAUUAUCCGUAUGCUCUAUACUUGAAAGGUGGCUGGGUUAACAGCGACAGUAUACAAUGGUACCAGGAUUUCUGCCGUCUCUGCUUUGAGCGUUUCGGAGAUUUGGUCAAGUACUGGAUCACCUUCAAUGAAAUAUCUGCGCAUGCAUGGUGGGGAGUAACAAAAAUCGAGGGCAACUGCACCAUUCACCUGACACCAUCGAAUAUUCAGUACCGAAAAGAAGAAUUCCUUACAUCGCCACUCACAAUAUGCUUCUUGCACAUGCCAAAGUCUACAGGAUGUAUUCCCGAGAGUUCAGGGAAACUCAACAAGGUAUCUCAGUUGAAGUAUUUUCUAGUGUUUUUUUUUCGACAGCGCAAG